UGCAAGAUGUCUUGCUACGACCUGUGCCCACCAAAAACCAGCGUCGCCGUCCCCCAGCCCAUCGCCGAGAGCUGCAACGAGCUGUGCGCCCGCCAGUGCCCCGACUCGACGGCCUUCAUCCAGCCGCCCCCCGUCGUCGUCACCUUCCCCGGCCCCAUCCUCAGCUCCUUCCCCCAGCAAGCCGUGGUGGGCUCCUCCGGAGCCCCCGCCUUUGGGGGCUCCCUGGGGCUGGGGGGCCUCUACGGCGCCGGGGCCACGCAGGGCUCGGGCGGCCUCUGCACCUUUGGCAGACCCUACGCUUCUCCCGCCUGCAGCCCUUGCGUCUUGCCCCGCUACAGCAAGAAGCUCUGGGACACCUGUGGGCCCUGCUAGACCCAGCCCAGCCCCAGGCGCUGCCCCCAGCCCAAACGCCAACACCACCAUCGUCCAUGCAGGGCUGAGCUGGCGGGCAUGAGGCACCGAGGAGUGCUGAGCUGCCCCAGCCCCAGCCAACGCCUGCGCAGCUGGCAGUGCCGCCCACCCUCGGCCCUUCCCUGCCCUCUUCUCCUGCCCUCUGCUCUC